AUGGCACCAUCAAAGAGCGAGGAAAAAAUGGAUGCCAUUCUUCAACUGCUUGAGAGCCAGAAAGCAUUUCAGGAAGCAAUGAGUAUUCGUAUGGCCAAUUUGGAAGCACAAGUUGCGAUUCGAAACGCAUCUGGAGAUUCCGCAACAAAUGACUCUACCCUUCAACCCUUUACUCGAACCUCUCUGAAAUUAGAUAUGCCCCGAUUUGAUGGCUCUGAACCAUUAGCUUGGAUCUUCAAAAUCAAACAGUUUUUUGACUAUCAUAGGACUCCAGAAGAUCAAAGACUUCAAAUGGUUGCUUUUUCCAUGGAAGGAGAAGCCCUUUCUUGGUUCCAGUGGAUGCAUGAUAACAAACUCAUCUCAACUUGGCAGAAUUUUCUUCAUGCUUUGGAGGUUCGAUUUGCACCGUCACAUUACGAAGACCCAAGGGGAGCCUUGUUCAAGCUUUGCCAAACUUCUACUGUCCGUGAAUAUCAAAAUCAGUUUGAAUCUCUAGCAAACCGGAUCGUGGGGUUGCCCCCUCCGUUUUUCCUCAGUUGUUUUGUGUCGGGACUUAAACCUGAAAUCCGACGAGAGGUGCAAGCCUUCCAACCGAUUUCACUGUCUCAGGCCAUAAGUCUGGCAAAAUUGCAAGAAGAAAAUUUCAUCGAAGCUUCACCCACAAACCGUUAUUCCCGACCUUCCGCCUCCACCACGAAACCCACAACCAACACUAACCCAUUCUCUUACACCACCCAGAGCGUAAACUCUUUACCCAUCAAACCUAAAUCGAACCCUAAUUUAGUUGCCGUCAAACGACUCUCUCCUGCGGAGCUCCAAAGUCGUCGUGAGAAGAACCUAUGUUAUUAUUGCGAUGAGCGGUAUCGACCUAGUCACAAAUGCAAGCGGGAAUUCAUGUUGUUGAUUGCUGAACCGGACGACCCGGCAAUGGAUGAGCUUGACUUGAGUCUCCUCCAUAUAGAUGACCCGACCCCUAAUAACCCACCCGAACCUCCGGAUACAACAGCAGCCCAAAUCAGUUUACAUGCAUUGAUGGGCCACUCAAUUUCCCAAACUCUCAAAGUGUUGGGCCACGUUAAUGCGUCCCCAGUUGCAGUACUGGUGGAUAGUGGAAGCACGCAUAACUUCAUCCAAGCUCGCAUAGCAAAAUUUUUGGGCCUCCAAGUGACUCCAGCUCAAGGAUUUCACGUCUUGGUAGGAAAUGGAGAGGAGCUAGCAUGUUCAACCGUUUGUAAACAGGUAUCAUUACAAUUGGGCCCUCACCAAUUUUUGGUUGAUUUGUUUGUGUUACCCUUAAGUGGAGCUGAGAUCGUAUUAGGGGUACAAUGGCUCACGACAUUGGGGCCAGUCUUGACUGAUUAUGAACACCUGACUAUGAAGUUCAUCAAAGAAGGGAAAGUGGUGGAACUAAAAGGCCAACACCGGACAGCGCCACAAGAAGCAACUAUACAUCAAAUCAAGAGGAUGAUCUCUACUGAUGGCAUAGCAGAAUAUUUUCAAUUAAAAUUGCUCUCCCAAUCAGAGGGGCUUCCUAAACCUUCUGCUGUACCAGAAAUUGAGAAAAUGUUGAACAGAUAUUCCCAAUUGUUUGAGGAACCACGAGGCCUUCCUCCUGUUCGAGCAACCGAUCACCACAUUCCCCUAUUGGAAGGGUCAAAUCCGGUGAAUGUCAGACCCUACAAAUAUCCAUACUUUCAAAAACAGGAGAUUGAACGUCAGAUCAAAGAGAUGAUGGCUGAAGGAAUUAUACAGCGCAGUAAUAGUGCGUUCUCCUCCCCGGUCUUGCUAGUGCGAAAGAAAGAUGGAUCAUGGAGGUUCUGUGUUGAUUAUAGAGCUCUCAACGGAAUUACAGUAAAAGAUCGAUUCCCUAUUCCCUCCAUUGAGGAACUGCUAGAUGAGCUCUAUGGGUCACAGUGGUUUUCAAAGCUAGACUUACGCUCUGGGUACCACCAGAUCCGAUUGAACGUAGGUGACAUUUCAAAAACUGCCUUUCGCACGCACGAGGGACACUGUGAAUUUUUAGUAAUGCCCUUCGGGCUGUGUAAUGCACCUGCUUCGCUCCAGUCGACUAUGAACAUACUGUUUCAGUCUUAUUUGCGUAAGUUUGUGAUAGUCUUCUUUGAUGACAUACUAGUAUAUAGUAAGUCAUUAGAAGAUCAUAUUUCUCACCUGGAUAUUGUUUUUCAAUGUCUCUUGACUAACCAAUUUUUUCUCAAGCGAAACAAAUGCUUCUUUGCCCAGGAAUCAAUAGAAUAUUUGGGCCAUAUAAUAUCCAGGGAGGGCGUUGGUCCAGAUCCAGAAAAAAUUUGUGCAAUGCUUGCUUGGCCAACACCUACCACUAUUAAACAGUUGCGUGGGUUUUUGGGACUGACUGGUUUUUAUAGAAAGUUUGUUCAGCACUAUGCUUCAAUAGCUGCUCCUCUCACCAACUUGCUCAAGAAAGAUUAUUUUAUUUGGUCUGAAGAAGCACAACAAGCUUUUGAUAAAUUAAAGAAAGCAUUUGUAAUGAACAUAAGUCAUUGGGAGAACCACACCCCAAAAGCUAGCUAUUAG